AUGACGACCUUCGAGUGGGACUUUAUGCCACCGGGUAGCGUCCUUGAGAAAAAGAAUUCUACGAACGCCGUCGCACAACACUGGCGAGGUGGCUCCUUCACCGCGACGCAGAGCGGCGACGUCAUCGUACAGCUGCACCCGCACUCGCAGCUCGAGCGAGCUGGCCGCGGUGCCAGGGGCCGUGCCGAUGAUGGACCCCGCCUCGUUGACAAGAACGCGCUGUCCGCGCGCGGCAGCGGGCCCUCGCGCCAGUCGCGCUCGCCGUCGCCCGACUCUCCGCCCGCCAAGCGGGCCGCCUCCGCUGACUCGUCCGGCUAUGAAACCGAUACGCCGGACGAGGUGCAGCAGGAGGCGGUCCGCAGGGUAUGCGGCGCGCUCGGCAUGAGGGAGCAGUUCGAGGCGGCGAUGGCGGCGGGCGAGCUGCUCGAGAUGCUCGAGAGCUUGCCGCGAGGGGCGGUCGAGGCCUCUGUCCGACAGAUGCGGGGUUACAACCGCACGGGCGAGUGGCCAGAGCCCAUUCUCACCAGCCCUACCCCGCAGCGCGGCCGCUCGCCAAGCCCCGUCGAUGAGUGGUCAGAUGGUUGCAACACCUGUUCCGCACUGUGCUGUGAAUCGAGCGGCAACCAACAGCUCUCAGGACCCCCCGGUGCUGGGGUGCUGCCAGCAACCAACCAACUCACCGGCGAGCGGAGCGAGCCGAAGACGGGGGCCGAAUUGGCGCUGUGA